CGCGAGUCCAAACUCCAUCCAGUUUGACAAUUGAUUCAUAAAACAGCGCACGUCGCGCCGUUUUCGUAGAUAUUGUAAGAUCAAAACAAACAGAAUUACAUAUGUACAGUGAGUAACAAAAGUGAAAAUAAAUGACAAUAUUAUGUAUAUGAAUAGUACCUAUCAGGUAUAUUGCAACUGAACUGCGAUAAUCAAAAUAACCUCUUAAAAGUGCGUUGAACUUAUAUGUGACAAAUGACAAUACUGAACUGCGCUAACAAUAAUCUUUUUGUAAAAUAAAUGAAGUAAUAAUAAAACAAAACAUACUAUUUAUUAGGUAGAUAUGUGAUUAUUUUUGUCAAUCAAACAAGCAACAUGACUAAACUCUUCUACACAAUUUUGACGAGCGCGCCAAAAUUAAAGUCCGCUCCUUCUUUUAUAAGGAAACUGAGCACCCAGAUUCCUACUAAAGAAGUACGAAUACCAGUGCAAUAUGGACAUAUUGCGGGGAAGCUAUGGGGUAACGGUGACCAGCGACCUAUACUGGCAUUACACGGAUGGCAAGACAAUGCUGGCACCUGGGACCCUCUGAUCCCGAUGAUCAUUAAAGACAGACCAAUAUUAGCUUUGGACUUUCCUGGACACGGAUUGUCGUCCUGGACGCCUGGUCUAACAUACAACGAAUGGGAAUGGCCAAGAUUAAUUUUAUAUCUUAAAGAAUACUUCAAGUGGGAUAAAGUUUCCAUUCUAUCUCACUCUAUGGGAUCAAUAGCGGCGACGCGAUUCGCAAGCGUGUUUCCCGAGGACGUCGAUUUUUACAUAGCAAUAGACAGUUUUAUAUUAGAAAACAUAAAUACCAAUACUUUAGUAGAAAAAAUAUACCCAAAGUUACUACAAAAGGCAUUUGUCACCGACCAUUGGUUGGAUAAGGAACCACCAUCUUACACGUUGGACGAAAUAGCAAACAUGUGGCACUUAGCAACGAGGAAGUCUAUAGCGUUAGACAGUGUUCAGCACCUGAUGAAAAGAGGUGUAAAGCAAUCAAAAACCGACCCCAAUAAACAUUAUUUCUCCCGAGACCCUAGGCUAAAGUACGUGAUCCUCAUUCCUGAAGAUAGAAGGUUUACAGAAGCCCUCAUACGAAGAAUAAAGUGCCCGAUGCUGUUCCUGAAAGCGACAGACUCUCCUUUUUCUGCCGGCAAAUUUUCUAUUGCAAUGCGUGAAAUGAUAGAGAAACAGAACGAUAAAUACGAAUUUCACUUCGUGCCCGGCAAACAUCACGUUCAUUUAAAUAAUCCUGAAGUAGUGGCUCCUCUAAUUAAUAAUUUCUUACAAAAACAUAAUUUGGACUUUUAAAUUUAUGCUAAUAAUAUAAUAAAAAGACCUAUCUGAUUCUGUGAUGAAUGAGCUUAUGUUAUUGGAAAGAUUGGCGAAAUAUUCAUUAAAUACAUCCAUGUAAUUGUGAUGAAUUGAGAUUCAAUAAAAGAAACUGAUUUGAUCUCCAGUGAUUACAAUUAAUCCAGCCUAAAUUGGGGCUUUAGUUUGCUUAUUAGAUUUUACUAAAAGUAUUAUAGCAUGACAAGCGAUAAUAAUUAUAACGACGGGUAAUCUACAAUAAGGACAUACUUAUUAUUUAUAUUUAUACAUGAUGAAGUGCAUAUAUUAUCAGAUAAUUGGAAGGUUUACUUCCUAUGUACCUACAACAGCAUAAUAAAUCGUUUUGAUUUCCCUAUUUAUUAAAAUAAAUAAAUUAUAUAAAU